AUGGCCGACGAGGAUGACGAGUCGCUGUACGCCAUUUCCUUUGAGGACGAUGAAGAAAACGGGCUGUUUGCGCCACCAGCUGAAGGUGCCGUGCAGGUUGUUGACAGCAUUUCAACCACCGAACUCACCGUUCCACCGAGGCCGCAUGGAGGCAUUCGCGCAAAUAGCACAAGCUACAACCAACCGAGCAAUUCAGUGAGCCCUGUACCACUGGUAAAGUGUCAGAGCUUUGACGGCAAGGCCACAGACGACCCGUGCAGCGUUCCGACCAUCAAGUCUACAAGUGACGUGAUUUGGCUCCAACAGUAUGACCCACGCUCAACCUCGCAUUACUACACGAACGCGACGACCGGCGAAUCCACAACUGUAAAGCCUCGGUUCGUGUCGAAAGCCAAGAUUCGCGAUCGUUUUCAUGCUGCCGCCCUCGUCAUUCAAUGCGCCGCGCGCUCACAACGCGCCAGACGUUGUGUCCAAGCACUCCGACAGACUGCACCACUGUCGGCACAAGGGCGCCACCCAGGCGAAAACGCGGUGGACGUUCCAGCUAUAUUGCACGAAGCGUACGUCAGAAAAUGCCGCCACGUGUGCGUUCUACUGGACGACUUGUCGCUUGCGAUAUCCAGCCGCCGCAUCACCCCCACCGCGGACGACACAGAUCUAGCCGCUCCAUUGGCACUCUUGCACGCCGAAUUUCUCGAGUCUUGGACGCAGAUAAAGGGCACGUUCGAAGCCGCCAAGGCCGUCGUAGACGAUCCUGCGUCGCUGCUGCAUCUUCACAGCGAAGACUUGAAUGCGACACUGAGUCAAGUGAGAAUUGGGUGUGUGCAACUGCAGCACACAAUUACGUCGCACGACGACUCGUUCCUGGCACUGGACGUGUUUCGCGUGAACCAGGCGCGGCAUCGCUUCGCGAGAUGGAAGGUCCCUUCUCACGACCACGGUGCGCUUCACAAGGCACAUGUGCGCGUCGAGGGCCAUCUUCGCAAAGUCCUUGGCGCCGCCGCCUUUCAAAACCAUGCCGACUUGACCGAGAUCCCACCGACACGGACAUUUACCGAGUGGCACGACUCUGUUGUAUCAUUGCUGGCAUCGGUUGCCUCGUACGAAACGUUGCUUGAGAUCGAUGCAAAGAGCACCUGCGUGGACAACACAGGUGCUGCCAAUGUUCGAAGUACUCGCGAGGAUGCUGCAAGUCGCAACCCCGCAGCACCGUUGCAACUCGAGGAUUCCUCAUGUGAUAGCCGCAGUCCCGUGAAAAGGAAGCGGUUAGCCAAUACCCCCCUGACCUUGGCAGAGUUGCGACAGUGUUGGGUGGAUGGCCUUCGGCUGCGUGAAGCCGACGAAGCUGCUGCUGCUCAAGCAGAGAAGGACGCUGUCCGCGCGCAGGCCGUCGAGCGCAUGGCCCUUCGCAGCGCCCAAGAAAAGCACCGCCUCGAUCGAUAUGCAAGAAAACUAUCAAUUUGGGAAGCUGUAGUGGAAGGAUGGCCGGUCGAAAAGAUCAACCAACUGGCGAUCGCCGAGACGAAAACGGCAGCUCAACAUGGCAAUGGCGCGUUUCGGCUGCGUGAUUCGCAAGCAGAGAACGGCCGGACGUUGCUCCAGCUCGCGUGUUGGUCGGGUCAUGUGCACUUGGUGCGGUACUUCGUCGACAAAGGGUCAAACUUGGGUCAAAUCGACUGCGUGAACAAUCGGUUCUCGCUCCUCCAUGACGCCGCGCGAGCUGGGCGCGCGAACGUGGUGCGGGUCUUGCUCGAAUACGGCCUCCCCUGCAACAUCCUCGACAAUUACGGCGACAACCCUGUCCACUGGGCCGCCCGACGAAACCACGUCGAAACGAUUCAAGCGCUGCUGGAUUUACCCCUGAAGGAAAUUCCCACCGCGGCGUCGGCGAUUUCGCCGGUGCACAUUGCACGUUGGCGAAGUGUGUUGGCGGCCAACCACCGUGGCAAGCGCCCCAUCCACCUCACGACGCUCCACCGCGUUCGCACCAUGCUCCUCGACUUCGAACGCGUGGCCGAAACAGGACUCGAGCUGUACAACCGCCAAGGGGCCAGCGAGGCAGCAAUGUUGAGGCGGCGAGACGGACUCGCCCCGUCGACAAUAAAGCGAACCCCCACGAUGACUGGCCGGCCCAGUCGGGAUAUGGAGAGACAGCGGACUCGUGUGGAUGUUGCCGACCCGUCCCCCAGCAGCACGGGGCCGAUGGACCCACUUCCUGCCGUGGACGGACGGCGGCAACGUGAAUUCCGCGUGAAAAAAGCCACGGCGCGCGCCGUCAAGAACUUCGAAAAGGAGGGCCGAAAACGUGCCAACGUCCAGUUAGCGGGCCAAAGGCUCAAGUACACCCUCCAGCACACAAGCAGCGCCUUUUCCAUCGAGACGGACGACAUGGACAUCUUCCUCGAUCAUGUCGCCGAGUAAUCCUUGCGUGUCAAUAUAUGCGGCAUGUGAAACGGU